AUUUCAAAUAUGUCCUAAUGGCUUUGGUUUUAGAGUACCAUUGAGAGAUCUGAAAAGAUCUAAAUACCAUCAAAAUGCCAUUUGGAAUCAAUCAACUAGAAAGACGUUUUCAAGGUAAGAUGCUUGCAUGUGACAGAAAAUUAGAAGAAGUUGACAAUUUUAAGCACCGCACAUGUAUUUAAACUUUCACGCAAUUGUCUGUAGUCGCGGACGCAUAAAAGGGUUAUAGUCUAGGGCUUGUUUGACGUGUGUGCUAAACGCCAUGAUGUUAACUCACGGAACUAUUGGUAGAUAUCUAAAUGACAGGGUGUUUAACUGUUCAUAACUUAUAACGACUGUUAAAUGGCACUUAAGGCGAGAAACUUGACCAAGUUAAGUAAUAAUAUUUAAUGAGAUGUGUCUCUUUGGAACGAAGCAAGAACACGGCUAACCAGCCAACUUGUUGCUAAUGAGUUGAAGACGAUGUGCAGACUUGUCCCCGUAUUUUAAAGUGAUUUUCCACACAAAUUUCCCGACAGGAACAAGCUGAUAAUCAGUGAACAUGAGAGACAUAGUUCACAUCCAGGUUGGCCAGUGUGGAAAUCAAAUAAGUUCCAAGGUAUGAUACAUAUAUAGCCAUGAAACACCGAUGUUGAUCAUUCCCUUAACUAUGGUAAUAAAGCGCCCAAGUUGAAAAGUCCUAAUAAAUUUUUUGCACAGGUGUCUUUCUUACUAAAAAAAGCCUUUACAUUUGGGCGAAUAUGCGUAAAAUUUAGAACAAAAACAAUUCUUUAAAGAGACAUUAUAAACUUCAAAAUACUACUUUGUCACGCAUUGUAAAGGUGAGUACACAUUUCGCGACAGCAGUACGCAGAUGAGGGUCUCUAUUUUAGACGAAGUGAUAUAAUACAACUAAGAAAUAGCCAGAAAUUCCAAAACAUUACGAACGAAAAAUUUAAUUUCCAGAUCAGGUGCGUUAAGAGAAAGCAAGCUGUUUAAUAACUUAAGAAAUGUGUUUCGAUCGGUGGAAACAUUCGAGUUGUAACUUUCAGAAUGUCAACCAAUUUUAAGCCAAAUGAAGCAACUACAAUUGUACCCCACUCUAUAGUUUCUACUCACUUAAGACAAAAUAAAUCAAAUCGUGAAAAUUGCACGCUCCACUUAAGAUUGCCCAGGGUUAAAAGUUCGAUCAGCUGCAAAGGGCAGCUUUAUUUAUUAAUUAAUGAUUGUUAAAAGCAUUUCUACGCGCUUCAACUGCUCUAGUUUGGGCUAAGAAAGUGAAAGUUCGAUUAAACGCAUAAAACAAACCUUCUUCUAUGCAUUCAAGCUUUUGCCUCUCUCCUUCUAUCUGCGUAAGCGAGGUCUCAAGCCCGAUAAUUUUGGACUCACUCUCAUUGUUAUUGUUGUUACGGAAUUGAAGACUCGGAGCGACCACAGAAGUAAUAUAAAAAGGGAAAUUCCACCAAGAACCUAAUCUUCUGCUUAUCCAAACGCGUGAUCGAAAUUUUUUGAUAAUAAAGAGUUAGCUGUAUUGAAUGAUAAACAAUUUAUUUUGUACUCGACGGCAAGAUCAAGGGAAUUUUGGUCUGACAUAAGCACGGGAUACGGAUCGCUUCAAAAGUUAUCGACUAUGACAAUGCACUCAUCCAAAAACGCUAACGCCAAAAUUAAAGAAAAGUCAUAAUUUCAGUUUGAAAGUACUACUGAAGAGGGUUAAUGUUAAUGUUUACUCCAGAGAGAGAAUUUUUCCGAAGACUCAAAAGAUCGAGCAAAGUACAUUGGCUCCAUAAUGUAUAGUUCUUCUGGAGAGAUAAGGUGAACUACUUCGUCAGUGACCGCAGGCUGAAGCUUGGCUACUAUCAUAAGUACGCUUCCUUGUUAGAAGAAAUCGCAGUUUGAUUUACUAAGCUCAAGGCGGGAAAAGAAGUUUUUGAUUUUUCGCUCAAAAACAUAUGUCAACUGCAAGAUAUCCACCUGCUCUAAAAUCGAGCAGGUCACUUAAAUCUUGAGAUCUUUGUUGCAGGUUUUCUAAGUUAUUUACUUUAAAUUUGACAACAUACAAAAUAGUUUUUAGGUGAAGUGGUGUUUUUUGGGAAGAGAAACUGCAUUUUUUGUAAUUUAAACCAAAAGAUGCUCUAAAGGCGUUGUCAUCUACUUUAUAAGGAAAUUUUAAAAGAAUUAUCACACGAGGCCCCUUUACUUUAAAGAAUUUAAAUUCAAGAUAAUGGCUCUGCCACCUGCUAAGCGAGACGUGCAAAUUCACCUGUUGAAGAACAUCGUUGAAAUUCAGAAUUUCACUUUCGAGGUGUUUUUUUUUCUCUAAAACAUAAAUUUUAUAAAGCUUGAGAUUAAUAUAUAACUAAAGGGUUCCGUCCGUCAAGGCUUAUUACCGAUAGCGUCCGCAAGUAUGUUUUGGUCAGCAUAAGUCUUAAGUCUAAGUCUUAAAAUCGUCACAUGUAAAUGUUACAAGUUUAACUGUGUUGUUAAACGACUCUUGAGUUCUCCGCAGUAGGUCGCUCUGUAGGAGGGAAUUAAGAACUUGAAAAGCACUUCUUAUUUCUUGGUUUCAAUGUCACGGCAAACAAUUGUCUCUAUAAGAUGAGAAAGUUUUGAUUUUUACAUUUCUCCCUCCCAUCUCUUAACAAGCGGUAAUCAGUAUUACCACUGGAACAGAAUACGUUAACGUCCAAUAGUGAAAUAAGCCUCACAUUUGACAUGAAUCGAGUGCAGCAAAAAUGAAGAGAGUGAAUUGAAUCGUUAUUCAAUACUUGAAAAGGAACAACAGUUUCCUAGUGUAUAGUUUGUUUGUCUGUUUAUUUAUGUCAAAUCAACUUUGUCGGGAAACAAACUGCAAAGCAUUCUUUCAAGUCUAGUUCAGUAAAAGAACAGAGAAAGCAAGGAAAGAGUUGAAACUGAGGAGAUGAUAGAGUUAACGGUUUACUUCAAAACUAAGAAUAGAACAUUCUAGCAAGAAUUCAUGAUUAGCGUGGUGAGAGAAUAAAGCAUAUAUGUGUGUCUGACAAGCGCAGUAAAAGCCUGAAAACUGAAAACUUUAGUUAUUUCAUAAGGUUGAAAACAUGGCCAGCAGUCAUGUACCGCUCAUUAAUACGUGAAAAUAAAGGGCUUAAAGUUUCUCAGCAGGUUCUUUCGAUGUUGGCCUUUUCUGGGAGUAUCUUGGACCUAGCCGCGCAUUCCCGGUCGUAUAUAUUAUUUUUAUAGAGAUUUUCAUCUACAUGCAAUAAAUCUAUUUGCAAAAUCCUAAUCAGGACAGUUCACAGUGCCUGGGAAUUUUUGGGCCCCUUCCUCUUUAAUGCUGACUUCCAAGAGGUCAAUGCCUAAGCAAACCAGUGAAACCAACAUUGGGCGGAUGGCAAUGAUUUAUUUACUCGCGUACAAAGACUCGGUGUAUCUUGAGUUUUCCGUUUUGCUGUUAAGUGGCAUUCAGGGGUAAAUUUAUAUGCGUUGUUGUUCAUCAUAAGUGAGAUCAAUGAUGCUUGGAUAUUAGUCCCCAAAAAGGAGGUUAAUAACCAGCUAUCGAUCUGGAGCGAGCAAGCGCAGUCAAUAAAAGAUAUAUAAUAUGGCCAAAAGUUUUUUUAGAGAACAAAGCGGCUAAGCCCGUACGUGAAAAAAAAGCUCAGCUCAUAUUGCCCCGCUUAGUUAGCCAAUCAUUUGCAGAACACAGGACCCGCUUCAUCUUGUCCCUUGAGGAGCCAGCAACAAAUUAUAUUUUUACAUACAGGGAACACCACCAAACUACAGUUCGCUAGUUCGCUCCCUUGAAUUCUGACUUAUCUUACAGUGAAGCACUCGGUGCAAAUGGAUUUGAGGGUGCACAACAACAGUCUUGAAAAUAGGGGUUCAAAAAACAACAUCAAGAACAAACAGUGUUAGUAGUGAAACAGUGGAGUGAAUAGCGUUCUUUUGUCCUAUAGUUUUGGGAACUUAUUUCUGAUGAGCACGGCAUUACGCCAGAUGGUCAUUGUAAAGGGCAAAGUCCACAAACAGACAGGCUAAACGUUUACUUCAGCGAAACAUCAGGUAAGUACGUAUUGAGCCAGAAGGCCUUGUACCCCUAUCUCCCUGUUUCGUAUUCCUUCCGAGUUCAUUCCCCAAACACAAUCAAGUUUAUUUCUAGCUAUUUGAAAACGCUAUUCUGUCUCCUUAAAGAAGCUUCUAAGUUUCAAGGAGAGUGGCUGCUGCAAUUUAAGAUUUAAUACCAGCUACCUAUUAAAGGUCUCUAAAACAAAGAGGGUCUCCAAAGACCCUUGGAGACAGAGCUUUUGCCCGUGUUGGCCCCUCACUGUGGGACCUUCUUCCUUCGGCUAUCAGUGGUGUCUGGGGUGUUCGGGGUAUUAAGCAUUCUCCAAAGACUUUUUUUUUUUCGUAUGCCAUUUGCCCAAUGAGCCAAUUCUUGUACUGAACAGUGAGAUUGCUGUGUUUUUGAUUUUUUCAAAUUCACUUAGUAUACUAUUUGUUAUCUGUUAGCGUUUGUCAGCUUUUAUUAGCGCCUUAGAAUAUUUAUGUAAUUAGCGCUAAAUAAACAAAAUAUCGUUAUCUUUAUCUGUAAGUCUAUAACAAUUCGUGUGCGUUUCGCUUUUAUAUGAAGAUGGCAGGUACAUCCCCAGGGCAGCAUGCUUGGAUCUCGAGCCUGGCUCUAUUAAUUCACUUCGUUCCUCGAAGUAUGGAGGACUUUUUAGCCCCGAUAACUGCAUAUGUGGUGAGUUGUCUUAGCACUCUGUUUGAUUUGUACACCCAGUCGAAAUUGCACGUUGGAGCUAUAUGUGUAAUAUUAAUACUGAUUUUGUCUAAGACGUAUCUAGAAAUAAAACGCUAUCGUUAAAAAGACAAACUUGAACUGAAAGUUCAUUAUGUUCGCACAGUUUUUACCGCAACUGUUUUAGAUUGAAAUGGUCUCCAAUACAGUGUGGGAAAAUAUAAAGCUCUAAAAUCUUCCGAGGAGUAUCGUUCUAAGACUGCGUGCGUGCUGGCAGUGGUGUGCAAACGGAUGCAAACAACUCCCAACAAUGUUGGGACCUGCAGUGCAUCGUGAGAUAAGUCCAUAAGUUUUUGUAAUCCAUGCGUAAUGAGCGUGCGUGGCCCCAACAAUGUUGGAAGAGCUGUGCAAACCGAUCCAACAUUGUUGCGCUACGCUUCGGCGAUCACGGAACAAAAGAAAUGUUGGGAGUUGUUGGCUGAAAAGUUUCACCGGUUUCAAACUUUGCCCAACAGCAUCCAACAACAUGCAACAGGGUGCGUAAACGGACGCAACAUGUAAAAUCCAACAAUGUUGCGUCCGUUUGCACGGGGCUUUAAAGAAACAUGCAAAGAAGUUACGAUACACGCUCUAUAAUGGUUAAUCGACGAGCUCUUAUAUAACCAUCCCAAAUUAGAUACGGUAGCUUCUGUCAGUUCGAAUAUAAGCUGAAGUCUCGAUGAAUAACCAAAAGCCCACAUCACCUUCAAAGCGCCGUUUAUUUUUCAAUUUUUGAUGUAGGUCAGAGCAGUGCAGCAAACAAUUGGGCCAAGGGAUUUUACACAGAGGGCUCGGAACUACUGGAAUCAGGAAUGGACUGCAUCCGCAAACUUACGGAAUUCUGUGAUUGCGUCCAAGGCUUUCAGGUUGCGCAUUCGUUGGGAGGGGGUACUGGUUCAGGCCUUGGCUCGCUGUUAAUGUCAAAGAUUCGCGAAGAAUACCCAGACAGACUGCUAAGCAGCUUCUCUGUGCUUCCCUCACCGAGGGUGUCUGAAACAGUCACAGAGCCCUACAAUGCUACUUUAAGCUUCCAUCACCUUGUUGACAUUGCAGAUGCCGCAAUUUGUAUUGAUAACGAAGCAUUGUAUCAUAUCUGUUCGAACAUUCUCAAACUUAAGACACCCACUUAUAGCGAAUUGAACCGAUUAGUGGCCACCACUAUGGCAGGUGUGACGACAUCACUCCGUUUCCCUGGUCAGGUGAGUAGCUAACAUCAAAUUGUCUCGGGGUAAACAUGGAGCAAAAAGUACAAAGUACGUGGAAAUCAAGGGCAAAGAGAGUAAAUAUAUAUCGCAUCUGUAUCCUAGUUUUGAUGGUGCUGUUAAUUCGGUGGCAAAAUCUUUAUUUUUCCCCGAGAUAAUAUGAUCUAAAUCUAAUUUUUUGUGUGCGGAUAUUAAUGCAGUAAAGAAGCAGGACGUUACAAAAAUUGAUAUUUGUAAAAUAAUGGAUUAGCUAGCAUACUUAGAAAGAAGAUGAUGAAAAAAGCUCCCUUGCCAAAGAUCAGCCUGUCAGGGCAAAUUGGUGGGAAGAUAUGAGCACCGUUAUACUUUGACGACGCCAAACAAAUCCUUCGAAAAUAGGCCUCGAUCGUAAACUAUUCUAGAAGGAUUGUAUAGACCUAACAUCACGGUGUUUAUUCCUCCCCCGCCAAUUUGCAUUACCAGGCUGACGUUUGUUUUUGCAAGGGAACACUCUUCAUCUUGUUCUUUCUAGAUAUGCCAAACUAUCUUAUAAUUUUACAAAUUUAAUUUUUGUGGCGUCAUCAAUUUUCUUCUCUAUUCAAAAAGGCAAAAAUGAACAAUAGUUAAUUUGAACCUAAUUAAUUAAGGCAUAAAUUCAAUUAAGAAGGAGUCUAUCUAUAAAGCGAUGAAAGGUUCAUCUAGAGGCCAUAAAUAUCCCAGAUUGUCGAAGAGGAAACAUUUUCACUUACCUCUAAUAAUGAGGUUCCGAAGCUUUCUAGCGGACUCAAUGAUUUCUUUGGUUAAUAAUAUGUGAAUAACAUCUCCACUAACUAAAGGCUCAAAAAUAGGGGCAAACCUUUAAGCUCAGCGAAUGCACUAAAUUUGACGAAGCGCUGCCCUACACUCUUUUCCAGAGUGUGGACAGAUCUGCAGACGUCGUUGAUUCACGAGCCCAAGGUAAUUUUAAGCCAGAGCUCUCGGUCCGGGGCGUUGGCCAAAAGUAUCGCUGCCCUGCGAAUGAGUUAUAAUAUGAUUGGAGUUUUAUAGCUGAGAUAAAACUAGUUUGACUCGAUAGUCUUCAAAAUGAGUGCAUGUGAGAGGUUUUACAAUUGAUUCAUUGUCCUCUAUCUGGCAGCUCAACGCGGACCUCAGAAAACUCGCCGUAAACAUGGUACCAUUUCCUCGUCUUCAUUUUUUCAUCCCCUCCCACGCGCCGCUCAUUAGCCAAGGUUCGCAAAGCUUCAGAUCGUACGCCAUCUCCGAACUCACAAGCAAUAUGUUUGGACCCCAGAACAUGAUGGUGGCUUGUGAUCCAAGACAGGGACGAUAUCUCACAGCUGCCGCCAUGUUCAGAGGCCAGCUUGCCAUGAGAGAUGUCGAAGAAACCAUUUCGGAGAUGCAAAACGCGCAUUCGUCGGCAUUUGUGGACUGGAUACCAAAUAACAUGAAAACGGCCGUGUGUAAUGUUCCUCCCAAAGGGCAAAAAACCGCCGCUACAUUUCUGUAUAACAGUACUGCCAUUCAAGAAGCAUUCAAGAGGUUUACAGAGCAGUUUUCUGCGAUGUUCAGGAGAAGGGCGUUUCUCCAUUGGUACACGACUGAAGGCAUGGAUAUCAUGGAAUUUACAGAGGUAUUCCACCUUUUAGGCCCAGUUCAAACGUCCAACCUUUUACGCAUCGAACUGCAGACUUCAAACUUAAUUAGUCGGACGCAAUCCAUUUUUACAAUUGUGUGCAAUGCUUACCAAUAAAAAUAAAUUAUAGUAAUUUAUGUAUUAGGUUCGACACAUGAAAAGUUUGACGUUUGGAACGAAUCGCUCGACAGUAGAAAUUCCCAUGUAGGCCACUCGAACUUAAUUCAUAUGUCGGACGUAAUUGAAUCAAACGUCGAUCUUUUCAUGUACUUUAUUGAAAGUAUAAGGUUUGGCACAUGAAAAUUUGGACGUUUGAAAUGAGCCUUACAAUGCAUCUCUUCGACUUCUCAUCUGAGUAUCCACUGAGUUAAACACAGUGGGGUUUCCUAAACGGAAAAAUUAGUUUGUGUUUUUGCGGUCUGCUUGUAUGUUUUGAUCUUUCUUAUGAUUGGUCAGUACAAAAUCAACGUCAAAUCCUGGAAUUUUUCAUGUAUUCACGGUUUUCUAAAUGGUCGCUACGAAAAGAAAAUAUUGUACCAAUGAGCCGAAUUUAAUAUAUCUACACCAAUAAAGAAAAUAAUGAUAAUUUAAGAAAUUUUAUUUUCAAAUUACAGGCCGAUUCUAACAUGAAUGACCUUAUAGCCGAAUACCAACAGUAUGAGGAUGCUGGGAUUGAUGAUGUCAUCUAUGACGAAGACGAAUACGAAGAGCUGGUCGAGUUCUCUGGUGACGCAUCAAACAACAUAUAA